UCUGUGACUCACAGACUGUGAGAAACAGUCGUCUAUCUCGUGCAAUGACUCUUAGGCAAAACAGCAUUGAACAACGUAGUGGAUGAAAAAACGAAUGUUCUUUUCUUUUUAGUCUAUUUUCUUCUGGAAACAAAACAAUAGCUUUGAAGCGUCUUUUGUGAUUAAAAUAAUUUUUUUUCUCGAAAGAGUUUUUAUUUGUAUGUUGACACGUGAGUACAUUCGGUGUACUCAAUUCUGUACAAACAUUUUUCAUGGGCGUUAUGCAACGCACCAUUAAAAUAUAAAUUGAAUUCUUUUUAAAUAAAAUACUUGAAAGCAUGUAACUUAUGCGUAGAACUGUUCACCAUUCCAGCAAGAUCAUGCCUAAACAAAUAUAAGAGUUUUUGAAUAAAAGGGCGUUACAUUUUUGGUGUUAUAUGUAACCAUGUAGAAUGUGAUAUGAGAAGGACAGCGGCAGCUAAUCCGGUGACAUGUGAUUAUUCGUAUGAUUCUAAUUUAUGAAGGGCGAAUGAUGCCUUAUAGAAUCACUUCUGUGCAUAAGUUACAUGUUUUCAAGUAUUUUAUUUAAAAAGAAUUCAAUUUAUAUUUUAAUGGUGCGUUGCAUAACGCCCAUGGAAAAUGUUUGUAGAGAAUUGAGUACACUGAAUGUACUCACGUGUUAAUAUACAAAUAAAAACUCUUUCGAGAAAAAAAAUUAUGUUAAUGACAACGCUUCAAAGCUUUUGUUUUGUUACCAGAAGAAAACUGACUAAAAAGAAAAGAACAUUCGUUUUUUCAUCCAUUGUGGUGUUCAAUGCUGUUUUGCCUAAAGAACAUACACUCAUAUUCUUGAAUGAAGUUAAAUUUGGAAGUGUAAAUGACUCUAUAAAACGGUAAAGAUAUCAUUCGACAUCAGUCACUACAGCUAUUAUUGACUGAGUUAUUCUUUACUAUUUUGUUCGGUAUGUGACAUGUCUUCAUACUGGCUACAGACUCACAAUAUUUAUCUUCUUCUCGCAUUAGUUCAAGUCAGAAUCGAUUGCGAAUUCUCUGUUAUUUUUUGACUAGUUUAGGUCGCCAUCUGGGUUAGCAUUUCAUGCUAUUAUACCUCAGUAUUUAUUACCAUUAAGGCUGUUAUUAAUUAUAUUUACAGCUGCUGUUAUGUCGGUAAUAACUGGAAUAAUAACAGCGUUAAAAUAUGUAAAUUUUCAAAUUAAUUAUUUUUACGUUGUGUUAUUUGGUCUAUUAUAUUCAUUAAUCGGUUGUUUGUUAUUGUAUCUACUAUUAGCAAUUUUCUUUCCAUUACUUUCCAGUUCAUCAUCUAAAUUAGAAUUAGUUGACAAAACUUGGCAAGAUGCUAUUUCGACACUGGAAUGCAACGUUAUAUUGAGUAAAUUUCCAUUUACGUCAGCAUGGCGGGGCGAUAUUGGUCAGUAUGAUUUAAAGCAGUUAGACAUGUCUUAA